AUCGGGCCGGACUCCGGGCAGGAGGCACAUCGGAUUACCAGGCGAAGCAGCAGGCACGCGGGCCACCAGGCGGAGCAGCAGGCACCGGCCCCCGGGCGGGGCAGCAGGCAACCGGGCCCCCGGGGCCUGGGCAGCAGGCACCGGGCCCCCGGGCGGGGCGACAGGCACCGGGCCCCCGGGCGGGCGACCGGCAUCGGGUCCCCAGGCGGGGCGGGCGCCGGGCCCCCAGGAGGGGCGGACCGGCAUCGGGUCCCCAGGCGGGGCGACAGGCAUCGGGCCCCAGGAGGGGCGACAGGCAUCGGGCCCCCAGGUCGGGUGCGACAGGCCAUCGGGCCCCCAGGCGGGGCGACAGGCAUCGGGGCGACAGGCAUCGGCCCCGGCAGGCGUGGGCGACAGGUCUCGGGCCCUCAGGCGAGCGGCAGCGCCGGAACCACCCAGAUGGAGCGACAGGUCUCGGGCCUCAGGCGGAGCGGCGUAGGGCGCCGUAACCCCCAGAUGGAGCGACAGGUCUCGGGCCUCAGGCGGGCGGCGGGCGCCGGACCC